UUAUUAUUUUUAUGUUAUUUAUAAUUUUAGUUAGUAAUUUUAUUUAUUUAUAAUAAUUAAAAUAAUUUUAGGUGGUAAUUUUAGUUUUGCUUAUUUGUCAUAUUUUCCAUAAGUUUAAGUUAUUUUUAUUAUUUUCAUGUUUUAUUACUUUUAGAAGAUUAUUUGUCAUAUUCCAUGAUUUAAUUUAGGCUCAGUCAUUAGUUUCAAUAAAUAACUUUGUGAAUUGUUAGUUUUGAACAUAUUUAGUGAUUAUUUAAUAAAUGUUUUCAUUAUAUUCAUAGAUAACUAUUAUUAACAAGUAUUAAUUAAAUAAUUUUGCUCAUAUUAUGUUUACUUUUGAUAUAAAAUCUUUUAGUGUUUUAUUUAUUAUUUUUAAAAUAAAGUUUGCUUCCCUUUUUUACCACUGAAUUAUCUUAUGAAUCAAAAUAUAAGUCCAGAAUAUAAUCUCUCGCGGUUAAAAAUUAAAUAAAAAUACACCUUUUACUAGAUAUAUAUAAUUUAUUACUUUUAGUUUAUAAUUUUUUAUUAAAUAGGAGUAUGUUUUUAAUUAUUGUAAAUUUGGUUAAUAUGUGUCAAUAUGAACUCCGAGGAAGAAGAAAUUCAUAUAAAAUGCAAUUAAGACUUUGAUGAAGAGGGGUUUGAUUUCAUAAGCUUCAUUAAUAAUUUGGUAAUUAUGAUUUAUUUGUAGAUUUACCGUCUAUAUUAUUUUUAAAGUAAUAAUAAAACUUUAUUAGAUAAUUGUAAUGAAGAUACUUUUACUGUUUUACAUGUGUAGUUUAAUGAUAGAAUAAAUAAAAGAUUUUACAAAUACCAACCAUUAUUUAUAUUGUCAUGUAAUAGAAAAAGUAAAUUAUAUCUCUACUUAAUUUUAUAUUUGAAACUAAUUAAAUAAUUUAGAUUAAAAUUAAAAAUUAUGUUAAAAUUUGAAUUAGUUAGAUAUAUAUUAGUCCGCACAAGUGUGCGGGCCACCAUCUAGUAAUAUCUUUAUUUUCACUUAAAUUUAAAUUGAUUAACCAAAUAGAUUUAGUUAUGCACUGAAGGAUAAUUUUUCUAUUUUAUUUAUGUUAAUAUCGAUGUUUAAUAAAUCAGCAGACGUUAAUUAAACGCUUUAUAAAUAACUAACAACUAGACAUAUUAUUCAGGGCCUAGACAAGAUUUAGAUAUUUACAUAUAUAUAGUUUAUAUUUACAUUAAAUAUUUUAGUAUUUGAGUUUUGUUAUAAAAUUAUUUUGAUGAAUUAUUAACAUUAUAUAUACAAAAAUAAACUAGGCAAAUACUUUGAUUUAUACUAACAUUACUUUUUAGUUUGACUAAUUUAAAUUUAUUUAGAUCCAUUUAAAUUAAUUUUGAACAGUUUAAACCGAAUUAAAUUGUAUAGCUCCGAUUCUUAAAAAUUCAUUUUUGAUCUGAAUUGCCGUUUAAACCAAUUUUAAACCAAUUAUGCACUUAAGGAGUUUGGGGUACUGCCAAUUGCGAGAGAAAAAUAUCUGACGCUAUUGAAAAAAUAAACAAAAGAGCAAAAAGGGUAAAGAGAGAGAAAUGUUUCAUUCUGUUUCAGUUCGGUAAUGGCGGAGAUAUGCUUUUUUGGAGGUCUGGUCCAUUAUAAAGCUCAAUCUCCUUCGUCUCUUCAUUAUCCUUCUCUCUUCCGCUGCAAACCCCAUCACUAUUCUCUCAUGUCCGCCUCCGUUUCAGCCGAAUGCCACUCCUCCACCGUGGACCCACCUUCUCUCCUCGUCUUCUCAGGCGGCACUGGAUUCAACGGUGUGGUGGAAGAGUUGAAGAAGAUAACAACCAGAGUGGCUCAUGUUCUUCCUGUCUCUGAUGAUGGAGGAAGUACUGCUGAGAUUGUUCGUGUUCUCGGCGGACCAGCGGUUGGUGACAUACGUUCAAGAUGUUUGAGGCUGUCUGAUGAAAGUACUUCAGAGGCACUUGCUGUUAGGAGGUUGCUCGGUCAUCGAUUACCUAUUGAUGCGCAUAAUGCCAAGAAAGAUUGGUACGAUAUAGUGGAAGGUAACCAUUCUCUAUGGGAUGGUGUAUCAAGACCCUACAGAGAAACAAUCCGAGCUUUCUUAAUUUAUUUUCAGAAUGAGAUUCUAAGAAGACCCAAUGAUUCAUUUUGCUUCGCUAAUGGAAGCAUUGGGAACUUCUUCUUUGCAGGAGCAAGGAUCUUUUUCCAGUCUUUAGACGCUGCCAUCUUUCUCUUUUCACGUGUUUCAGAGAUUCCUUGCGACAGUCUGGUCCUCCCAGUCAUAUCAACCAAUGAUAGGCUCACUCUAGGAUGUGAAUUACAGGAUGGGACUAUAAUACGCGGACAGAAUGAGAUCUCUCACCCAACCAAUGGGACUAUACAGACCGUUGACAAGAGACAUUCUUCAACUCUUCCAUCAAAGAUAAAGAGAGUGUUUUACAUGUCAAGCGAAGGUAAUAAUCUCCUUCAUGAGGUCUUCCCACCAGUUAACCCAACUGUCUUGGACCAGUUGAGAAGCGUGGACUGUAUAGUUUACGCUAUGGGGUCUCUGUUCACUUCCAUUUGCCCAUCACUGGUUCUGCUUGGUGUUGGGGAGAUUAUCUCUUCAAGGUCAUGUCGUAAGGUGCUUCUGUUGAACGGUAGCCAAGACCGAGAGACAAGCGGCUUUACUGCUUCUUGCUUUGUGACUGCUAUUGCUGACGCUCUCAACAGAACUCAUGGAGAUCCUAAUAUCCGUCUCAAGAAUCCAGUGAGUGAUUCUGCUGCUAUAUCAACACUCUCUUGUUGUCUUUUUUGUCUGACUUCUGUGUGUGUGCAGCCUGGAUAUUACAUCAACACUCUCUUGGUGCCAAAAGAUGGAGACAUAGCUGUAGAUUUCAAGCAAUUGUCUGAACAAGGAAUCAGUGAUGUUAGAGUUGUGGAGAGUGUUCGUGACCCAAAGCACGGUGUCUUGUUCAACCCGAGCUCACUGAUAAACACACUAGCCAGUUUGGUGGAGUAAAUAGUGAUUUCUUUAGGCCAGAGCUGGUUUCUUCUUUUGCUUCCGAGAUGAUUAUAUUCAUAAACGGAACAAUGAUUUUUUUUUCAGUUUUUUAUUUGAUUCUUUGCGGACUGAUUUAAAAGUAAAUGAAAGUCUCUUUCUUUGGAAACUGAAUCA